UUAGCACUAUUGCUCCGACGGGAAACAUGGUGGGCUACUCCUGACUGGGGACGGGAGGAUGGGGGGGAGCCAGAAGCGGGCCGUACACUGCCAAGUCAGCUACAGCUGGCAUUCACCGCUCUGGCUCGGACUCUGAUUGAGGUAGGCGCCUGUCUUUGAAGUACAUCUUGGGUUGGCUCAUCUUGAUGAGCCAACGAACGAAAAUAGCAGGCCAAUAACUGUGCGGAUUGGCACCCUCCUCUGAACUGCUAGCAGCAGAUAACGGUCUCUGAAGUUCGGAUCUUGCAAGUCACAUUUCUCGGUUGCCAAAGGGGACUGUGGUCCUGGUGCAUGCAAAUUCGGAGGAUGACUGCAUUGCCGGAGACGAGUACGCAAUCGGGGUCACCGGAAUUUAGGAACUGAGCACUCAAAGGUCGAGCACCGGGAUGGUAAUUGAGUGCCAGAAAUUGUUCGAAUGGAGCGGAACCCCCAGCACCGUUAUGGGCGUCACCCGCAGGCCGGGGGUUGCAUAUGCGGAGGAGUGCGGCGAGGCUCAAAGCGCAAGCAAGUUGCACCCUGCCCCCCACUCAGUAGACUACAUACACUAUGUCGGCACCAGGCAUCGCUUGGCGUGCGGAAGUAAGGCUGGCGGACGUGUGCGACUUCAUUGCAUUUUCUGUUUUGGGAAUCGUGUACGUUACCCAAGGAGUGAUUCCGGGGGACUCCGAUGGGGUGGGCAAACCGAAAAAGUCGGCUUCGUGGUAGCGGAGACAAUGUCUAGCACAAGCGUACUGGGUCCUCUUAGACGCAUGCGCAAACCAAAGGACAUCCGGAGAGCGAACAUGAGUAAAGCCAUUAACUGCGCGGCUGCGCAGAGACAGAAACCGGCCGGCAUUACCAGGAACAGCGCAGCUGCUGUGACACGCAUCCGUUACCCUGGCUCGAGGACACAAUUCGAAAGGCUGAACCGACCCUCGCCGAUUUGACGCACGAAUGCUGCUUUCAUUUGCUUGACCUGUCGGUGACAUGGGACACCAGAAA